GUAUGCAGAAGAACUGGCCACCACGAGGGUCCUCAAGCACAGCUCUGAGUCUGCUAAUGGAAAAUGUGGAGAAAACCUAGCAUGGGCAUCCUAUGACCAACCAGGAAAGGAUGUGGCUGACAGAUGGUACAGUGAAAUAAAAAAUUACAGCUUUCAAAACCCGGGGUUUUCUUCUGGGACAGGUCACUUCACAGCAAUGGUUUGGAAGAACACAAAAAAGAUGGGAGUCGGAAAAGCAUCUGCUAGUGAUGGCUCAACGUUUGUGGUGGCUAGAUAUGAUCCAGCUGGAAAUGUAGUAAAUCCAGGCUAUUACGAAGAAAAUGUCCUUCCUCCAAGAAAAUAA